AUGCCUGAUAACCAGCACAAGACGCGCUCGACGCAUCUGGCUGGACUGCUUACCCAGCCAUUGAUCCCCAGUCCUGUCAUCAACUGGAUCCUUCCAGCACGUCUUCGAGAUAAACACCACAACGAUGUUGUUUUCAUCGGAGAACGACGAAUUCAAAUCAAGGAAGCCCUGCCCAGUGGUCAUCUUCAAGAUGUUGUCGAAAAAUCGGAUCUUGAAGGCUCGCUUAUUGGGGCGAAAGUCAUCAAUGUAAGCACCCAAUUGCCUUGGGAAACUCAGGCUCCAUCAAGUUCGAUGGUCCACCCUUACGACCAAAACAAUUUACCUCCUCAAAUUCUUUUUCUUGCUAUGGACUCAAAUGAGCUCCUUUUCAUGUACUGCUCAGAAAUGGGAGAUGGCCCAUUUGUUUCCUACAAUCGAGCUCUGCCCCGUGAUAUCAACAUAGCCGACAAGUAUGGCAGACAUAUUGCUGUUGAUCCCAAAUCGCGUGCGGUCGCAGUCAGCGCGUCGCGUAAUUUCUUCGGUGUCUUGUGGUUAAAAUCCCCCGGCGAACUCCAGAUGCAAAUGGCUCAGGGGAAGUUGAACCCAAUUUCAAGUGAGAGCUUCUUCCAACUGGAUGGCGACAUACUGUUCAUGGAAUUUCUGUACCCGAAAGACAACAAUGAUAAACGAGUCAUUCUACUUCUUAUUGUCCAUAAGCGUGGCACAACACGGUCUAUGGUAUUUGAAUGGGAUGGAGUCAAUGUAUCCAACCGCAUGACUCCAAAACGCACCUCAACUAGUCUGCCUCAGCAAGACCAGUUGCCGAGCAUGGUCAUCCCUUUGGCCAAAGAAUCGUCCUACCUCCUAGUCACGACAAAUUCCAUGGCAAUGUACACACCCAAUUCCUCGUCUCGUCCGAUGCGAUACCCGCCGAUCAUUCCCGAUGCCGAAUCAUCCGAAGCUGGACUGUGGACUCGCUGGGCCAGACCUUCGCGGAACUGGAUUUACAGUCAGAGGUACGAUGGAAUCUUCCUCUGUCAAGAAAAAGGCUGGAUCUAUUAUCUCGAGUUUGGCAACGAUGGUGAACUCGAAACACAAACUUCUCUGGGUCAACUCCACUGCGAUGUUGAUACGGCAUUUGAUAUUCUUGAUAUGGGCCAUGAAGGUGGUGACUUUAUUCUGGCUGCUGGAAGCCAGGGUGAUGGUGGGUUAUUUGUCCAGGAAGCACGGGAUCACCCCAGGUGUGUUCAGCGAUUCCUCAACUGGGCACCAGUUCCCGAUGCAGUUGUUAUUCCAUCAGUCUCCCCAGGCAGCCCCUUCAAACGUAAUCUGUCUCGUGAUCGCGAUCGACUCUUUGUCUGCUCAACAUCUGCUUCAGGCAAUGGGGCUAUUACCGAGCUUCGACAUGGCGUUGAGGCUCAGAUUGGAGUUGCGGCUACACUGGGUGGAUUUUCCAGCAUACGUGGUAUGUGGGCUGUGUCACUCGGUACUAAGGAUUCAAUAUACCUGGUGGCCUCUGAUCCGCUCUCCUCAUUGCUUCUUCAUACAACUCCAGAUAUGAGAGAUGGCAUUACUGCUCUUGAGGACGAUACAGGCUUGGAUGUCCAACAGACCUUGGCAAUGGACUGUACACCUUCAGGUGCUAUUGUUCGGGUCACAGAAAGAGCUGUGCACUUUUUCGUCCCUGCUGAUUUCUCUCUCAACACCUCGAUUCAACAUGAUCCCCUUGUAUUUGUCACAGCAGCUCUUGUGGAUGGCCCAAGUUCCACUGUUAUCAUGACUACAAGAACUAAAGAGGGGAAUUUUCUCCAUUUUCUUCGGAUAAUCACGACUGAAGGACGUGUCACUCUAUCUAAUCAUGAGGCUCCAUACCCGCUCCAAAAAGAGCCCAUUUGUAUCUCCCACCAGAAUUGGGGAAAAAUUGGAUUCAUUUUCCUGGGCACCGGUGAUGGCACAGUGCUAUCAUUCGAGGUUGACAACGAGACUGGUGGAGUCAGACAACAUGCCGACACUCUUAUUUCAACCAACACUGAAGACGACAUAUCCAAAACGAUUGAAAGCCUCGCUGUUAUCAGGGCUCCCUCAGGCGGUGGAAUGCACCCGUUCCUUUUCUGUGGACUGCGAAGUGGCAUACUUGUUCCGUUCGAGAUAGAUACAGAUGCUGUCAAUUUCCGCGGUGACCCUGUCUUCGGUUUCAGAUGUUUGAAGCAAAGAGUGCCACGCCGUUAUGGGAAAACAUCACUCAAUCUCAAAGCCCACAAUACAUUUGCGUUGUUCACAUGCGGAGAUGAUUUCUGGCGUGUGUCAUAUGCCCCGGGUGGCAAUGACUGUGACUAUUUCCUGUCUCGUGUUUGGGUCACAGAUCAAAACUGCCCCGCAUAUUCUCCCACCAGAUUCAAUAGCUUUGAUCUUGUCGACGUAAGAGAUCAAGUGUCUGGGAUUGCAGCUACAUACAUGUUUUGUUUUGCAGAUGGUCAGCUCCUGGUAUGCUCUCUGAAUCAAGAAGCAAAGGCCGUUCCUCGACGCAUCGACAUUCCCGGAAACCCCAGCAAGCUCACCUAUUCCAGACAUCUCCAGAGUCUCAUUGUUUCAUAUUCUGUCGUUCAGAACGGAAACCAAGCAAGGCCUCUCGAUAUUUCUCGCACGGCAUGUAUCGAGUUUGUGGACCCAGACACACAGUUACCAGUAGCCCCUAACGAUGUGGACAUGGUUGCUCAAGGCCUUCUCCCUUGGAGGCCACAUGGAGUUUCUGGUGAGAAAAUCACAUGUAUUCUGGACUGGAUGCCACACAAGGAUGGUAACGAAUACCAUCUUAUCGCAGUUGGAACUUCGGUCAACCUGCCUCAUCAACCCAAUAACCGCCAAGGUCGAUUGAUGCUCAUACAAGCAUCUCGGGAUGGCAACUCUCCUGGGCAGAUCACCUGCAUUGACAAGCACACGCAAUGGUUUAAGGACCCAAUCUAUGCGAUGGCAGCUUACGACGAUAGCGUGAUUGUUGCCUCUGGGAAAAGAUUUUUCACGGUUACCUCACGAAACUCUAGAACAAAAUGGAAUCGAAAUAUCACCGCGCUUCUCCCGUCCCCAGCUGUCGCGAUGACGGUGGUAGGAACCAUGAUCUACAUCACCAGCUCGAGACAUUCCGUUUUGACCUACGCUAUUGUAAACGGGGAUAUCCUACCAAGUGGUUUCGAUUCAGUCGCACGCGAUGGCUUGUCACACGCUUUGAUGCCCGGGUUUGGAAUUGAACCGGAUCGCAUUUUAGUGAGUAGCCGAGGUGGAGCUGCCCGCGUUUUCACAAUCAAGACGCACAACCCACCAGUUGACCUUGUGCCUUGUCCGGUGGCCGAUCUUCCUGUCUCAUUGAUCAAGGUCACUAAAGGCUGCAAAUCUCCAGCUUCGCUGAUGGCCCACAGCACCUAUUAUGGCUUUGGCAUCAAUGGAUCUGUUUAUCGGCUCUUGGCCCUUCAUGCGAAGGAAUGCCGCCUUCUUCAACUUCUGCUCAACUUCUGCCUUAGGGAUGAGGUCAUUUGUCCCUCCCUGUCCCGCAGACAUCGCUACCUUGAUGCAAUCUCCCAGGUUGAAAACAGCAUGCAUAUCGAUGGUACCAUUCUGGCUCGCCUUGUGAGUCGCGACUCGACAUACCUGGAUAAGGUUCUUUUGGCAUGCGACAGGAAUCAGUUCAAGGACCUGACUCCUGAAACAGUGAAAAUAUUCAUUCGUGCAAUUGAGGACACGCUUAAAGUUGAAGUCAAUCAUACCCAGGCUCUCUUCACCUGGCUUCGGAGGGUGCUACAUAUUGAAAUUUAA